AUGUCUUUCCUGAAGACCUCCCUGAUCUAUUGCCCCCUUUACGGGACAUUCAACAUGCUUAUAGAUCUUAUCCCUGGAUUGUCUCUUCCAAAUUUACCUCAUGCUGAGCUUCAAAGGCAAGUAGAGGAGCUCCUUCGCAAAGGAUUUAUUCGUGAGAGUCUAAGUCCUUGUGCGGUUCCCGCUCUUUUGACUCCUAAGGAAGAUAGUUCUUGGAGAAUGUGUGUUGAUAGUCGUGCCAUCAUGACCAACCGGGAACAACAUAGAGAUCAUCUCACACAUGUUUGUUCUACCCUUCGCGCCACAAGCCUGUAUGCUAAUGUGAAGAAAUGUUCUUUCUUCACAGAUAAAGUUGUAUUUCUAGGUUUUAUUGUCUCCAUGACAGGAGUGUCUGCUAACCUUGCAAAGUUUCAGGCCAUUGUUGAGGAAUUUUAUUGGUCGCACGAAGCGGCCAAAGCAUUUAAGUUGGUUAAGAGGCGAAUAACAGAAGCUCUAGUCAUGCGACUUCCUGAUUUUUCCAAAGUUUUUGAAGUAGAAUGUGAUGCCUCUGGACAUAAAAAGGGCAGUGAAAAUCAAGCAGGGGAUGCUUUAAGUCGCCGCAUUUCACUUUUAACCAAUAUGAGUGUCAAGGUCAUAGGUUUUGAACGACUCAAAGAAGAUUAUGAGUCAUGUCCCGAUUUCAAGGACAUUUUCCUUGCAUUGAUAUUAGGUUUUCGUCUAGAGGAUGGUUAUUUAAGUCCAAUAAAUUGUGCAUCCCUCGGACUUCAGUACGAGACUCUAUAG